CACUUUGAAUCACAACAAGCAACAAGUGUCAAUUGUCAGGUGCUAAUGCGGUUAUAAACAACAAUUAUCUCUUAAUUGUUGGUUAUUAAACGAGUAUUUUUGAAUGAUGAAUGAUUUUUCGUAGUUCAAGAAACUAUCCGGGACUGAAAUUCAAUCGAGAAUAUACGGAUAUGUUGGAAAAUCCUCUGCCGACAAUAAUUAGGUUAGAAAUCCCAACCCUUUCAUUACACUUGUUGAAUCGUAAGUGUUGAGAACCUGCUGAGUGAGAAAUAUCAAGGCCUCUGUACAACAAUGAUGGAUCCUUGGAAGAAGAUUGAAAAUGAGAACGGUUUACCUCUUUAUUUCAACGAUGCUACAAAGGAAAAACAAUGGAAUCAUCCCAAAUUUUCAGAGAUCAAGCAGAGAUUGGAUGAAUGCAACUAUGUACGAUAUUCAACAUAUAGAGUAGCCCUUAAAUUCAGAGCAUUACAGCAGGCACUGUCCAUGGAUCUUGUACCUCUUACUCUAGUUGGGGGAGUAUUUGAAAGGCACAAACUUGGAUCAAACGAAGGAGGAUUAUUUCUAGAUUGUUAUGAUUUAGAAGCAAUUCUUCAUGACAUAUAUUUCGCAUGCGAUAAACAAAAUCAAGGGAGUAUAGAUGUGGAGACCUCAACAGAAUUAAUGUUGAAUUUGUUGAUAAAUAUUUAUGACAGUGAGAAAACGGGGAAAAUUCAAGUAUUAUCUGCUAAACUGAUACUGGCCAUUCUUAGCAGUUAUAACACUGCUGAUUUAUUCAGAUUUUUAUUUGAAUUGAGUGCAGACCAUAAUUACUGUGUAACAAGACUGAGAUUGCAACUAUUAUUGAAGAAAAUUACAGAAAUUGUGGAUUUUCUUCAUGAGGAUUCCAAUUUUGGUCGUCAUUUAAUCAGUUCCUCACUAGAUUGUUGUUUUUCACAAUCGCCGGGACUCAUAGGCAUAACAGAGGGACUUUUAGUGUCUUGGUUCAAAAAGGGGCCACAAAUAUUAUCGUGGUUACCAAUAUUAUCGAAAAUCAAACUUGCUGAGACAGUUCACCACAACACUAAAUGUUCUUCUUGCAAAUUGAAACCGUUUACUGGUUUGCGCUACACCUGUUUGAAAUGUGCCAAUUAUAAACAGUGCCAGAGAUGUUUCUUCACUGGUAAAACGGAUGGCGCUCAUAAAUUGUCACACUCGAUGAGAGAGCAUUGUGUUGAGGAAAAUGGCAAAAAAAACGAGAAUAUCCUCUUAAAAAAGAUUCUUGGAAUCUUGAUAUGUUCGUCUAGCAAAAAUCGGCCAAAAAAGAAUGAUGUAGGAACUAAUUCUACAGGGAAAGACAAUAAAUUUUUCAACAGUGACAACCAAAAUGAUGAAGUUACAAGCGAUAUCUCCGAUUUGUCUUCACCAUUAGGUCAACUUCAAAUUAUAAUUCGUCAAUUAGAAAAACAAAACAGGGAAUUGAAUACAAUUUUAUCAUCGGGAGAUCGUAACGCUGAAGAAAUAAAAAUAUAUUUGAGAAGUCACAAAACGCAAGUGUCCAAUCAAAUAAAUAAACUGAAAGUAUUGAAGGAAUAUCUGAAACUUUCAGAUAAUGAAUCUCUUAUCAAAAAAGACAAAAUUCACAUUCAGUCCACCCCAAGGAUAUUGAACGGGGCAAAAUCGAGAAUUUUAUCUAAGGAAAUGGAAUUUCUCAGUCCCAUCGCUCAAACCGAUGAGAAUUGCAGUGAUUCCGAUAAUAUUAAUACGAGUACGCGAAAUACCCUCAACUCAAAUCGAAGUAUUGAUGUAUUUCCCGAGAAUACAGUAUCAAAUACGACGCAGUAUACUUUAGAUGAUAUCAGCAGUUGGAUUGGAGACCACCCUUCCCAGCGUACAGAUAUAUUCAAGAGCAAAUCCAGUUUGUGUUUGGGACGAAAAAUGCAUACAGAUUUAGAUAAGGCUCUGGUGAAACUGGAGCAAAUUUUAGCCAAUAAUUUCACGCUGGAUGAAUCACUGGUGAAUUACGACAAUGGACAACUGAAAUACGCUGUCUCAGAGGUAGAGGGGAUGUUAACAUCGUUCAUUGACACAGUGGAAACUAGUAGAGCUAGUUCUACCCAUGGUUCUACAAACAAAUUUUGAAAAAAAAAAGUUUACAACUAAUAAUGUGCAAGAAUUGGUACCAAAGUGUGAAUCAAUGAAAGAAAUAUAUAAAAUGAUUUCUUUGCGAAAAAUUUUAUCUGUAUUCUAUUUUUGAAUGAAAUUUUUAUAUCGAUUGAAUAAUGAAGUUAUAUUUACGUGGAA